AUGCCAUUACAAGAUUCACCUAAUAGGUGGUCGAUCCCAAUAUUUGCAGUUACCCUCAUAGCAUUUGUGGCAGAGAGCCAACUCACUCAAUAUGUUCAAAUCAAGUUACAGUAUCAACAACCCUAUCUCUUAUUCUACAUCGUUCAUUCAUCAUUCCUUAUCUUAUAUCCUUGCCAUAUACUGUAUUUAAUCCUUACGACCCCUCACACACCAUCACAGCUAUGGAACAGUGUGAAGAUUGCCAUCACAAAUCGUCUUAAUGAAGACGUACGGUCCACCAAGUUCCCUCUAGCACGACUCUUAUAUCUCAUUCUUGCAUUGACGGCAGGUAUAACUGUACCAGCCCUUCUUUGGUUUGCCGCUAUAGCAAUCUCUUCCGUAACUGACGUUACAGCCAUUUGGAACACCAACGCCUUCUUUGCGUACGUCAUCUCGGUGAAGGUUAUCGGUCUAGAAUGGGAAGCUCGACGACUAGUGGCAGUAGUGCUCGCUACCCUUGGCGUGAUAGCUGUCGUAUAUGGUGGAACGACGACACCCGAAUCGGAUGAUACUACGAUUUCUUCUGUCACCCUACCAGCAUCUACUGCGCAUCUGGCCGGAAACUUGCUGACUCUAAUUGCCUCUGUGGGAUACGGCGCUUAUCAAGUCUUUUAUAAGAAAUACGCUGCGCUAUCAUCAGACCCAGAUACUGAAGGUUUAGGCUGCUCCGAAGAUUACCAGCGUGUGCCAGUUGCAGAUGAUGGGCGAAGAGGGAGAAACAACUCAAAUGAUGAGGAAGAUAUCGAGCAAACUCCCCCCUUUGGUCUUCAUCCCAACUUCUUGACAUCGGCUAUUGGUGUUUGCACACUGCUCCUGCUGUGGAUUCCUAUUCCAGUUCUUCAUUGGACUGGUGCUGAGCCAUUCGCAUUGCCCCGCAAUUGGUCGAUAGUGAACGCUAUAGUCGGGAUCGCUUUGACGGGCUCGAUAUUCAAUGGAGGAUUUAUGAUCUUGUUGGGAUUGUGGGGUCCUAUAAUCACCUCUGUCGGUGGAUUGUUGACAAUAGUACUCGUCUUCAUCUCGGACGUAUUACUGGGUACCACAGAAGCCUUCAACUUUUGGACGGUGUCCGGUUCAACUGCAAUAAUUGCGGCCUUUGCAGUUUUGGCAUAUGAUAUAGUCAGAAAAUAA